AUGACGGACAAAUCAAAACGUUUGAGGGGCGCACUUCCUCCACAUUUUUUUGAUAUGGGUGAAUUGGUCGACUUAAACAUUACUGGGUAUAAUAUUUCUACAAACACUUCAAAUUGUAUUGUUCUCAAUGCACAGAAGGAUUAUUCUACAGCUGCAAACCCAUUUAAAUUAUUCAAAUUCUCUGCGGAUACUGAACAUUCCGUUCAAGUUGGAUUGAAAGUUUUGCAAUGGAUUCUGAGCCCAAUUGUGACUGAUACAUUUUUCAAUGACAUCUUGCAAAAACGAGUUCUUGUUUUGAAACGCGCUACAAAUGCUUAUUUUGAUGGAUUCUUUAAUAUUGGGGAUUUUAAGGAUAUGCUUAAGAAUAAUAAUGUUCUCUAUGGAAAGGAUGUUAAUGUUGCCAGUUAUGUUUCUGGUGUUAGACAAACCCAUAAUCCAUUAAAGAAAGAGAUGCAACGCGCUACAAUCACGAGUGCUCUGCAACAUUUUCAAAAUGGACGAUCACUUCAAUGUGUUCAUCCUCAAGUUUUUAAUGACAAAAUUUGUUAUUUAACUCCUGCUGGAGCUGCUGGGUUUGCUCCGCAUUAUGACAAUAUUGAUGCUUUUAUUUUGCAAACUGAGGGCCGUAAACAUUGGAAAAUUUAUGCACCGGAAAGUUUGGAUGAUACUUUGCCUCUUGAAUCAAGUGAUAAUUUGAAUGAAUCUGAUUUUAUGGAACGUGAACCAGUUUUUGAUGGAUGGUUGGAUCAAGGCGAUGUUCUUUAUGUGCCACGUGGAUUUAUUCAUCAGGCCAAUACUGGUCAAGACAAACUUUCUCAUCAUGUCACUAUUAGUAUUUGCCGUAAAUUCUCUUAUGCCCAUUUCUUUGAAAAAGCAUCAAGCGAAUUUAUUUUAUUAAUGACGGAAAAAUCAAAACGUUUGAGAGGCGCACUUCCUCCACAUUUUUUUGAUAUGGGUGGUAUGGCUGAUAUUGCAUAUCCUAAUGAAGAUUCAUUGAACAAUAAACUUAUUCCAUAUGCCAAAAUAUUUUCUCAAAAAUUCGCUUCUGAAAAAUUUUUUAAAAACAAAUUUUCUCAAAAAUUCGCUUUUUUUUCAACUUAUGCUCCAGCAUUUAUCGAUUUGAUAGCUAAAAAUUUCAUGCAAACUGCACUUCCGCCAUUGUUAAGCCCGGAAGAGCUUAAACAAACAUGUAUUGGAGGAGGUGGUUGUGACAAUUUUCUUGAAAAAGAGAAACAUCCACUUAUUGGACCAGAGACUGAAGUUCGUUUUGCACGAAUGCAUGGACAAAGAUUAAUUUAUGAAGAUGAAGGUACCACUUGUAUUGUGCAUCGUAUGAACAAUUCUCGGCGUUAUGAUGAAAACAAGGAAGAGCUGACUUUUGAUUUUUCUACUGAGGUUUUUAAGAUUUUGACACGGUAUUAG